GACUGGACAAAAAUCUACGUUUUCACUCGCAACAUAAACAGUAGACUGCGACUUUUCCAAUAGAUUUACGAAAAAUGUUCGGUUUAUCCAUUCGUGAGAUUGCUCUUCGCUUACGUGAUGGUCGCCUUUCGGUCACUGAGCUCUGUUCGAGAUGUGUAGAGAGGGCAAGGCGCUGUAAAGAGCUGAAUGCUAUCGUUACAGAGUGCUUUGAUCAAGGACUGGAAGAUGCAAAGAAAGUCCAAGACAAAAUAAAUAAAGGUGCAUCUGUAGGUUGUUUAGGUGGGAUACCUAUAACUAUCAAGGACAACUACAGCACAGCAGGGCUCAGAACAACCUGUGGCUCAAAAAUGUUAGAGAAUUAUAAGCCACCAUACACAGCUACAGUGGUAGAAAGACUUCAGGAUCAUGGUGCUAUCCUUCUGGGAAAAACUAACCUUGAUGAGUUUGCCAUGGGGAGUGGCACAACAGAGAGUUUGUUUGGUCCUACACGUAAUGUAUGGAGGUAUCCCUUUCAUCGGGUCAAGAAACGUCAAGCCCAGAAUGCUGGAGGGAGGUAUAGUUCUGAAGAUGAUAUCGUUGAUUCUGAUUGGUUCGUUAGUGGAGGCAGCUCAGGAGGAAGUGGUGUUGCAGUAGCAAGUGGGUCGUGCCUGGCAGCUCUGGGUUCAGAUACAGGAGGCUCAGUCCGUCAUCCAGCAUCAUUUUGUGGUGUCGUCGGUUUGAAACCUUCUUAUGGUCUUUGUUCAAGGCAUGGCCUGAUAUCUCUAGUCAACUCUUCAGAUGUUCCUGGUAUCUUCACCAAGACCGUAGAUGAUACAGCAACUGUAUUAGGUGCUAUGGCAGGUCAUGACCCGAUGGACUCUACAACCGUAACGGAUCCAUUCACACCGUUUACCUUGCCAGAUGAGAUCGAUGUGAAAGGGCUUCAUAUAGGUAUUCCUAAAGAAUACCAUGCCCCUGGAUUGAGUGAAGACGUCUUGAUGGCUUGGUCCAAAGCUGCUGAUCUCUUUGAAAAUGCCGGUGCCAAAGUGAGCCCAAUAUCCCUCCCCCACACCCAGUAUUCCAUAGCUGUUUACUCCGUCCUCAACACCGUAGAAGUUGCAUCCAAUAUGGCCAGAUAUGAUGGAAUAGAGUAUGGUCAUCGGAGCAGUGAAGCUGGUCGAUCAACUGAAGAGUUGUAUGCAGCUAGCAGGCAUGAGGGCUUCUUAGAAACGGUCAGAGGUCGUAUCUUAACUGGCAAUUACUUCCUGUUGGACAAGAAUUAUGAGCGUUACUUCUUGCAUGCCCAACGGGUUCGCCGUCUCAUCUCCCAGGAUUUCCAGAAGGUCUUUGAGAGCGGAGUGGACGUUAUCGUAACACCGACCACCAUCUCUGAUAGUCCCACGUAUGCUGAAUUCUGUGAGGUUGAUACCAGGACACAAGCAGAGAGGCAGGAUAUCUUUACUCAACCUGUUAACCUAGCAGGUUUGCCUGCAGUAGUUGUACCAACAGUGCUGUCUAAUAGAGGUCUACCAAUUGGAAUUCAGCUUAUAGGAAAGUGUUUUCAAGACCAAGACCUUCUGACUGUUGCUAAGUGGUUUGAACAACAGGUCCAUUUUCCACAUCACAUUAUAGAGGACUAUUUUGUAGAUUGACCCAAACCGAUUAAGAUCCAGCUUUAAUAUUGGAAGGUACUUUCAAGACCAGGAUCUAUUGGCUGUUGUAAUAGUGGUUUUAACUACCGGUCCAGUCCCCACAUUACAUGAUAGAGGACUAUUUCCCAGAAUAAUCCAGUUCUACUGUUUGUGAUGCAGCUUAUUGGGAAGAGCUUCCAAGACCAGGAUCUAUUGACUGUUGCUAAGUGAUUUGGACUACAGGUCCUGUUCCCACAUCACGUUAUGGAUGACUAUUUCACAGACUGAACUAAGUCUUCUAUUUGGGGUCCAGCUUAUUGGGGAGUGUUUUCAGGACCAAAACCUACCAACUGUUAGAGGCUUAAGAAGAGGCUUAAGAAAUAGGUUUUACAUCUGACCUGAGUCUUCUGUACAAUAGACCUUGGUACAGAAGACUUUUUUCAUCUUGUUUUACCAGUCCAGGCAAAGAACCGGAAAGUAAUAGCACUCCAAAACCUCACUCAAGACUCACAAUCUCAGCCAGAUAUUCCAUAGUUGCUUUUUUUUUGUUGAGGUAUUUUCUUCAUUGAAUAUUCAUUAAGUUGUCCUCAUCAGGUCUACAAUUUCCUACAUCAUAUGUCGUAAAUAGCUUCAAAAACGAGACCAUAUCAAAAGCUAGAGUACAUAUCACAUUUAAAACAUUGAUGAUAAAUUGCAAAGGGCCAAGUACUCUUUAGUUUUGAUUUUAAUCUAUAUAAACUCCUCGUCCACUCAACCCUACAUUGCGAAGUACUACUUUGCAUCAUCAGAAUAGAUGUAACUCCCACUACAAACUAUCUAUUCUCAUGAAUAUUCAUAGGUUUGUAUACAGUAGCAUAUAUGGUAAUGAAAGUGGCCUUUGUAAAGCGUGUAGAAACUUCUGAUAAAGUUUUUUAAGACUUAAUCUAAGCAAGUAUAAUUAUAUUGUCUAAAUGUCUGCAAACAGAGUUGGAAAGUUUCCCCCUUUUCUUUGCCGAGUUUUCUUAUCAGGAAGUAUUUAUGAAAAAUAUAUUUAACGUCUGAAGUGAUGUUGCCCUGGUAACUGUUCUUUCCUCAAGUGUUACAAUGGAAAACAGUAUGUGGGGGCGUAGUGGUUAUGACUCUUUCGAU